GAGAGAGAGAGAGAGAGAGAGAGAGAGAGAGAGCAGGGCUCGGAGUGAGCGAGAGAGAGAGAGAGGAAGAGAGAGAGGGGAAGAGAGUCGGACUGCGAGUGUGAGUGUGAGUGAGUGAGCGAGAGAGGGAGUAAGAGAGAGAGGGGAGUGAUAAGAGAGAGAGAGAGAGAGGGAUACGGGAGGUGAACUUUGGACCCCAUAUUCAGGCCUGACCGCCGAACAACAAGAGAACAUCUGGGAAUCGCAACAGGAUGGAGUCAGUUCGGGGUCACGUGAAGUCAGGAGGCCAAGUGCUGCUGGUGCUGUCACUCAUGCACACAGGUAUAUCGCUGGGCAUGGUAGUCACCUCCACGGGCCCCCAGACCCUGAAGCGACCCCAGGGGGAGAGCGUCUCGCUGGGCUGCACCUACAGCCCCGGCCCCUCAGACAUCGGCGGCCUGGACAUCGAGUGGAGCAAAGUCAGCCCAGACGUCACGCAGAAGGACCAGCUGGUCCUCUCCUUCACAGGUGAUCAACAGUACCAGUUGGGCCCAGCAGAACUCGUGAAGAGGAUGAAGUUUACUGGUAACCCGGCAACCGGCGACGCCUCCAUUCUCAUCUCCAACCUACAAACAAGUGACACCUCAACCUACCAGUGCAAAGUCAAGAAGACGCCCGGUAUAGACUCACGCAAGGUUACUGUUGUGGUGUUGGUGCGUCCGUCGGUUCCUAAGUGUUGGGUCGAGGGUCCGGAAGAGAAGGGGGGGGCGGUAUCGCUGCGCUGCUCGUCCAAUCAAGGCUCGGUACCGCUCAGCUACACAUGGAGCCGAGAGGACGGGGCCAACCUGCCCCCUGCUGCCAGCAUGAAUGACCAGACGGGGGAGCUCCUGAUUAAGAAUCACUCUGAGAGCUUCACCGGCCGAUACGUGUGUGCUGUGAAGAACGAGGUGGGACAGGAGCAGUGUGUCUACAACCUGCAGGCAUACAACCCGGUGAACAAGGCGGGCGUGAUAGCGGGCGCUGUGAUUGGUGGGCUGCUCCUGUUGCUCCUCCUACUGCUGCUGAUCUGGCUCAUCAUUUGCUGCUGCAAUAAGAAGAGAUACGAGAAGGAGGUGGCCCACGACAUCAGGGAGGACGUGGUAGCUCCCGCUAGUCGUCCUGCUAGCCGUGUGUCUAGCAUGCGCAGCAUCGCCGGCUACCACACUCACUCAGGAGUCUUCUAUUCGUCAGUGCGAGGAAACGCUGCCCCCCAGAGGACGCCGUCGGGCAGUGCAAGCAGACACAGCAGACACAGUGGACACACCGCCUCCCCCCCACCAGACACUGCCAGCGUCUACAAACCCCCCCUCACCUACGACAGUCGCUAUGGUUACCCUGUAUAACCCCCCCUCACCUACGGCAGUCGCUAUGGUUACGCUGUAUAAACACAGCCCAUCUAUGACAGCCGCUAUGGUUACCCUGUAUAAACACAGCCCAUCUAUGACAGUCGCUAUGGUUACCCUGUAUAAACACAGCCCAUCUAUGACAGUCGCUAUGGUUACCCUGUAUAAACACAGCCCAUCUAUGACAGUCGCUAUGGUUACCCUGUAUAAACACAGCCCAUCUAUGACAGUCGCUAUGGUUACCCUGUAUAAACACAGCCCAUCUAUGACAGUCGCUAUGGUUACCCUGUAUAAACACAGCCCACCUUCGGAAAUCCAAUUUAAACCCCGACCUAUAGCUACCCCUCACCUACGAUAGUCGCUAUGGUUACCCUGAAGUAGUGUACAAACACAACCCAUCUACACUAGUUGCUAGGGUUACCCUGUACAAACACAACCCAUCUACACUAGUUGCUAGGGUUACCCUGUGUAAA